AUGGAAGAUGGAUUGUCGAACGAUAUGGUAAAUGCUGUUGCCAUUGAUGGGCAGUGGGUUUGGUUCGCCACGGAUGAAGGCGUAAGCCGCUACGAUAUGCAGACAAACACCUUUGCGACCUUCCGAAGCAUUGAUGGCUUAGCGAGCGACGAGGUUUCCUCUAUUGCGGUGGACGGGAACUAUGUAUGGUUUGGAACAUCCGAGGGGUUAAAUCGUUAUGACAAAACGAUUGAUAGUUGGGCGGUGCGUACCCGGAAAGACGGUUUAGUCAGCAAAGUAAUUACAACAAUCGCGGUCGAGCCAGAGUAUGUCUGGGUCGGCACCGAUAGAGAGAUAAACCCGGAUCCGCAUGGAUGGGACGAGGAUCCGAGGUUCAGCAGAGGCGGCGUGAGUCGCUACCAUCGAGAUACCGAUUCUUGGAAUAACUAUACGAAGUCAGAUGGCUUAAUAGACAGUGAGAUCGCUACGAUCGCGGUGGACGAUGACAGCGUUUGGUUUGGUACCCAAAAUGAGGGUGUCAGUCAGUACAAUCAAAUUGACCAGACGUUCAUCAAAACAUAUACGAAAACGGAUCUGCUGAAAAGCAAUAUGAUCACUUCCAUUCGCACAGAUGGAUUCCAGGGUUUGGGAAGUUACACGAUUGCUUCCGAUUCUUGGAAUUCUCUCUCAAACGUGCCGUAUAACGUUCGCGACAUCCUGUGUGAGACAGAUGGAACACUUUGGUUGGCGACAGAUACGGGGCUCGUUGAAUAUGACUCGCAAAGUGGGAGAGAGGUGCUACAUCAAUCCCGUCCGGUGCGAGAGCCGUUCCUUGAAACGAUGGUCUCAAACGUCAAAUUUGAUGGGGAUUACAUCUGGUUCACUAACUGGCGGUCUUCACCAAACGGUGGUCUUGUACGGUUUCAUCGUCCGACGGAAACAUGGCGGCGUUUCACGCGCUUAGACAUUCUGCAGUCCACUCAGAAAAGACCCAUGACGGUUCUGCGUUGGACCUAUGUGGAUACUGAUGCCGUCUGGUUCACGACGGACUAUGGUAUUCUCCGGUAUGAUAAAAUGACGGAUACGUGGCAGCAUUUUACGACAGAUGAUGGACUCUCUACAAACGAUGUGGACAAAAUUGCUGUCAGUGAGCAGAGCGUCUGGGUCAUUCCGAUGAUAGGUUUGGAAUUAAACCAUUAUAGUAAAGCGACUGGGACAUGGGACGUGGUUGAAGAAGAAGAUAACCGUGAGGUUGAACGUAUAAAAUCACUUGGGGUUGAUGGACCGAAUGUCUGGUUCGCAUCUGGGCGUGGGCUGACUCGUUACAAUGAGAUCACCCGUGAAUGGAAGGAUUUCGGACCCAGGGAUGGACUGGCAGGUAGAGGCGGGGAAUGGAUUACUGUAGAUGAUGAUUUCAUCUGGGUUGCGCGUUCGGAAUGGGACAGAAGCAGCAACCGUCCAUUGUCACGAUACGAUAAGAAAACAAAAAAAUGGACGACGUUUUCAACGAAUGACGUGCUUGCUGCGAAUACCAUUAGACGCAUUAUCGCAACAAAGAAUGAUGUUUGGAUACUUUACAGACCUUGGGAAGAUGUAGGUGUUACCCGAUACGACCGGCGUACAAAGGAGUGGACCACAAUCAGAUCGGGACGCGGAACGCUCGAAUUGGCUGCCGACGAGGAUUAUCUAUGGUUAGCCGCACCGAAUAAUGGGCUUCGACGAUUUCAUUUCGCCUCUGGCACCUGGGCAGUGUUUAAAGAUCUCAAAGGGCUCCUCCAUAACCAUGUAGGGGAGUAUGGGCUUGCAGUUGAUGAGGACUAUGUAUGGGUUGGAACCUUGCGAGGGCUUUCCCGUUAUGAUAAGCGGAAGGAAUCUUGGACACCUUUGAAGGCACUCCCAACCCUUGUUGGACGUACCAUUCGGACAGUGGAUACAGAUGAGCGUUUCGUCUGGGUCGGUACUGACGAAGGUAUGUCCCGCUAUGACAAGGUCUUAGGGACCUGGAAGAAUUAUCGGCAGGAGGGUGGAUCUGAGAACAUAGAAACCCACAACGGUCAUUGGCAUGAGCAUCGCCGGAAAAAGAAAGACUGUCUCUCCGAUGACGUUGUGAGUUCUAUUGUGGUCGAUGAACAGUACGUCUGGGUCGGUACACGCGAUGGAGCGAAUCGUUUUGAUAAGAUCGCACUGCGGUGGGAUCAGUACAAAACUCAGCAUGGAUUGCCUGCCAAUAAUGUGACUUCUGUCAGCAGCGAUGGCGAUAGCAUCUGGGUUGGGACGAAUUCUGGUAUUGGGAAGUACCCCCGCACAGCGGAUGACCGCAACGCAUGGAUUACCUACACAUCGGGGACUGAAAUCCAACCGUCCGCCGUUUCCAAAGAGUUUGCUGAAUCGUUGGUUACCGAUCAAAUUUGGUGUAUUACGGCGAGCAAGAAAUACGUCUGGGUCGGUACACGUCGAGGUGUGAGCCGAUAUGACAUUGGUCGGGAUAUCUGGAAGACAAUCACAGUGGAAGAUGGACUCGCCAGCGAUGAAGUGAGCUGCAUCGCUAUUGAUGGCGACAAUGUCUGGUUUGGCAGUGACCGCGGUGUGACCCUCUAUAAUGAAAAAACAGAAGUUUGGGCUGCCUAUACAACAGAAAAUGGUCUCGCCAGCAACAAGGUUACCACUAUCGGUGUUGAUGGCACAGAGGUGUGGAUCGGUACCUACAACGCCGGGGUCAGUCGAUUUGAUCAGUUGACAAAUAGCUGGACGACUUACACUCGAGAGGACGGUUUGGCGCAUAACGGUAUCCUCUCGAUGGCUGUGGAGCACACCUAUGUCUGGCUCGGCACCUAUCGUGGAUUGAGCCGUUUCGAUAAACGCACAGGCAUCUGGACAACCUUCACAGAGUCCUACGGACCGGAGGAUAUUCUGAGAUAG